GGCCGCAGCCAUUUUUUAAGGCUCUUUUCUUUAAUUUUGCAACUACCAGCGCAGAGGGGUGGGUUCUCGGAAGCUGAGCACAGCUGGAGCAGCUAGGACCACAGCUGGAAGCGGGGGCCCCUGCAGGGCGGGCAGCGGCUAGGAGCUGCCCAUUGGACUGGCGGGGUGCGCGCGCCCCCUGCACCCCGUACACAUCGGGGCCGGCCCAUGCUCGGGCCGGCUGAGAGGUUUCACAUCUGGGGCUGGGCCGGGGAAACGGGAUACUGUACGCAGUUGGCGCGGCCGAUGCGCCGAACCGGAGGGUGAGGUCGCGCGGCGGGGCUGGAAGAGCUCUGGCACCUACAGAAGGAGCCCGGGACGGCAAAGGAGCUGCCGCGAUGCCAGGCGAAAAUGUCUUCCUGUUCGUGCCUAACCUCAUCGGUUAUGCCCGGAUCGUCUUCGCUAUCAUUUCUUUCUACUUCAUGCCUUGCUGCCCCCUCACGGCCUCGUCCUUCUACCUGCUCAGCGGACUUCUGGAUGCUUUCGAUGGACACGCUGCUCGAGCCCUUAAUCAAGGGACCCGGUUUGGGGCCAUGCUGGAUAUGCUGACGGACCGCUGCUCCACCAUGUGUCUGCUGGUCAACCUGGCCCUGCUGUACCCUCGAGCAACCCUUCUCUUUCAGCUCAGUAUGAGCUUGGACGUGGCCAGCCACUGGCUGCACCUCCACAGCUCUGUGGUCCGAGGCAGUGAAAGUCACAAAAUGAUCGACCUGUCUGGGAAUCCGGUGCUUCGGAUUUACUAUACCUCCAGACCUGCUCUGUUCGUUCUGUGUGCUGGAAAUGAGCUUUUCUACUGCCUCCUCUAUCUGUUCAGUUUCUCCGAGGGACCACUAGUUGGCUCUGUGGGUCUUUUCCGCAUGGGCCUCUGGAUCACUGCCCCCAUUGCGUUGCUGAAGUCCGUCAUCAGUGUCAUCCACCUGAUCACAGCCGCCCGCAACAUGGCUGCCCUGGACGCGGCAGACCGUGCCAAAAAGAAAUGACCCUGGAACCUCCAGUCCCCCAGCGCCCACUUGCCCUGGGAGUCUCACUGUGCCACACGGCUCCCCUUCCCCUCCUAGGAGGUCCCAGUCUUACAUCUUCCUAAUGUGUUGUCCAGCCCACUGGGAUAGGGGUCAGCCUCUCUUUGGUGAUGUCAUGUUCUCCAAACUCCUGAGGACUAGUCCCACCCCUGUGAGCCCCAAGGACGUGGGCUUCUGUUGAGGAAGGAUACUCAAGGGCCCCACCUAUACAGGUGAUGAUACCCUGGGGCCCCAGGAGGCCUGAGGAUUGGGCAUUGUCAUGCCCUGCUGACACAGCCCUGGAGGCUGGCUUGGCCAAGAUUUUAGGGACACUUGAGUGAGGGAGAUGAUGUAGGGGCCAGGGUCCCCAAAAGGCAGGGGAGUCAGGCUUCUACCCCUGGGCAGAGGCAGCCUGGGGGUGCCACACCCAGGAGGGAAGGGACCUUCUAGAUCCUUCUCUGUUGCAGUUUCCUCUGUCCUGUCUACCCUGGACCUGGAAGCCUUGAUAAUAAAGGUGGGAACUUCACUAUCUGGACUUGGUUUCCUUUGAGAAACUCUUGGACCAGGGCCUGGGUCCAGGGGAGCCUUAGGGAAAAAAGGAAAAUGGAGCUGGGUCCCUAGUUUGCUGACUGGCUCCUUUCUGCUGUUCCACGGUACCCUCAGAGGCCCUCUCUGCCACCCAAGCACAUGCCAUGUUGUCUCUACCCACCUGCUUUAUAAUGUUAUUUAUAACAUUGUCUGCAUUUAUUUGUAUUCUUGGUAUUUUCUACCCCCACUAGGAUGUAAACUCCAUGAGGGCACCUACUUUUCUUGUUCCCUUCUCUGCCCCUGGAGUGAAGACUAACCUUAACGUGCCGUAUAGUAGCUACUUAGUAAAUAUUUGUGAACAGAUCGGUUGGUUUCUCAAAGUGUACUCUAGGGAUAGUGGGCCCAGAAGUCUGCAAUUUUAACAGUUUUUGAGCACCUAGCAUGUACUAGACAUUGUUCUGGGCAUCAGUCCCUAACAGCUACUCCUACUAUUUGAGCUUUCUCUGCCGCCUGGCACCUGCUUUCUUUUUGAAAACUAUAUUGGGCCUGCCAUCUGCCAGACCCUGUACUGGGGGUUCUUUGCAGAUGUUACUCAUUUAAUCCUCAUAAAGCUCAGCCAAGUGGCCCAAGAGGCAGUUGGUGUCCAGAAGAGCUGAAACUUAGCUGAUGUGUAUUGAGCUUCAACUCUUGUUCUAGGCACAGAGGACUCAGUGGGGAGCUCUGCAGCUGGCUUCCGAGCCCUCUUGGAGGUCACAGUCACAGAGGAGCAAAAACGGAUUGGUUAGGGAGUAGAAACCUCGCUUGGGUUUGGUGAAGGGGGUGGGUAACCCAAGCUGCAUAGGGAUUGAGGAGGGAAGGGCUAGCAGAGGAGGGAAGGGCUAGCAGAGGAGGGAAUAGUACAGUGGCAGGGAGGCCAGAGAGCACCCUGGGAAACUGCAGAAAUGGAAGUAGAUCAAUUCAGCUGAAACACUUAAGUGCUGGGGGUGAGGUGGGGCGCUGAUGAGAGAUGAGGCAGAAGAAGCCAGCAGGACGGCCUGAGGAGCCUUGUAGGGCAUUUAGACUUUAUCCUGAGGGCCACACGGAGCUGCUGAGGGGAUUUUUGUUUUAAAUAGGUAAAAUAUUCACAUAAAACUUCCAACACUGUAGAAGGAUGACAAAAUAGUCUCUUCCCGCCUCAAGCUGUCAGCUCUCCCUAGAGGCAACCACUACUACUAAUUUCUUGUGUAUUUGUCUAAAUAAAUCCCUUACAUCUGUACAUAGAGAUUUCCAUAUUUUAAAAUUCAUUCUAUAUAUUCGCUGCUCUGCUAACAAGUUACCGCUGUUCUAAGUGCUUUUUUGUGUUAUUUCAUCUAAGAACCGUUACAUACGAUAUGAUAAUCCUGUUAUUGUGCUCAUUCUACAGACAGGAAAUUGAGGUCCCUGAGAGGGUCCCAAACUGGCCAGUUUGGCUCCAGAGCCUGCCCUCUUAACACUGAGGGUACUCAGCGCUGCCGUUUCGGCAGUCCUCAUAAUGGCUGCACACUGUUCCGUGAAUUAUUUAAUCAGGUCCUGCUACUGUGAACAAUGCUACGCUGCAGCAGACCGUCUUGGACCUCUUUUGGAGACAGUUGGGAUGGACACUGAAAGGCUUUAAGCAGGGCAGUGGCAAGGAAGGAUUUUGGCUCGAGAAGGAUAAUGCACAAAGCUGAGUUGCCCCUCCAACUUCCAGUGUGCCCCUGUCCGGCUUCCUGCUCCCAGUCAAGGUGGGGGACGAAUAAGGGGCAGCUUGCGCCCUGAGAGGGCGGUAGGAAAGGUGCCCUCCCAGCUCCUGCUCUGGAGCUCUUUUUCCUUCCCAUUGUCCUUUGCGAGUCAGCUGUCUUCUCCAGCCAAACGAGCCCUCUGAGCACUCGCCCAGGCCUAAGAGCAGGGAACCCUCUGCCCUGCCAGUUCCCGCAGCCCCAACUGGCUCCUUAGUGCUUACAGUGACGUCAGAAGUCUGUAACUUAUCCAGCUCUGUGUGAGCUAAGAAAAGGAGGGCGAAUUGGGGAGGAGAGUGUAAGCACCUUCCACUCAAGUAGAAGCACUGAGGACCCCAGGAAGGGCUUUUUAGCCCCUCUCCCAUGGGAGAGGUCUGGAAGUCAGUCUGCUACCUUCUGUCCCAUGUCCAGUGGCUGGACUGAACUCAAGAAGAACCUGCAGAGCACAGACCCUGCAUUCAUAGCCUGGAACCUGUGACCUGUGACCCCUUGGGGGUUUAGGGUAGGGAGUGGGGAAUAGGGGAAGUCUGGGCUGAACUGGGUCCCAAAAAAACCAAACCCGUUGCCGUCAAGUUGAUUCUGACUCAUAGUGACUCUAUAGGACAGAGUAGAACUGCCCCAUAGAGUUUCCAAGGAGCGCCUGGUAGAUUUUGGUUAGCAGCCUUUUGGUUAGCAGCCAUAGCACUUAACCACUACACCACCAGGGUUUCUGAAUUGGGUCCUGGAGUCACUAUAUUUGAUCUACGGAAUCUAGUGGAGCCACACUGUAUGUGCAGUAUAACUUUCUGGAAUUCAACUAUAUGCUUGUGGACAGAAGGAAUAACUACCAUGCAGAAAUUGCAUUUGCUCAUUCCACUCAAUAAGCCUGUGCCUCAGAGAGGGCAUGAGAUCUUACCAAGACUGCUGUUCUCUCAGGUGGUCUUGGGUCUCAAAGUGUGAUCAAAAGUAACACUAGCUAUUGUAACAAACCCCAAAAUGUGUGGUGGCUCUACCACGAAGGAAGUUGAUUUCUAACUCAUGUAAAGGCCUGUCAGGUGCUCCUGACUGGGAAGCUUCUCCUGCAAGCAGUGAUUCAGGGACUCAGGCUGCUCCCAUCUUAGAGUUCCGCUAUUGUUAACACAUGGCUUCCAAGAUUGCCCUGCCUAUUUGCAUCAUGCAUGAGGCUUGGGAAGGCAUGGAAUUAGCACAUGUUACUUCCAUUCACAUUUCAUUGGUUACAACUCAGUCACAGGGAUGCAUCGAAGUGCAAGGAGGUUGUGAAAUAUAGAUUCGUGUGUGGGCCUAGGAAGAAGAGGAAAUAGGUUUGAUAAAUAGCAUCUGACCAUGCUGAAUGUGAUUCUGCUGUUUAAAGACAUAGAUUCUUAUAAAAUGGGUCCUUAAACAUAUCAGUUACUUCAUCUGGUACUCAACCAAAGAAAAGCCCAAUGCUGGAGAAAAACAGAUGGGCUGUGUUGAAUUUAAUCGGAGAUCAUACUGUACUGUAUUUUAUGGGCAAUUUAAGAGACUUUCAAGAGUAAUUUGGUAACAAGUGUUUGUCCCUGAAGGGAUUGACUUGGAAUCUGGCUCUGAUGUAAACUGAGCUCCACUAUUUCCAGCAAGGCCUAUUUGCCUGUCACUGGGAUGUAUCUGUCCCACUCUACAGUCAGUGCUGGGUCCAUCCUCAUGCAUACAAUUUAAAGAGCGGUUUCCCAUGUUACCUAAUUGGGUCUUACAAUCCUGCGAGGUAGAUGUAGCAGUCAGGCUAGGCUGCCGAUGCCAUGGAGUGCAGCCCUGGAGGCCUUGAUGGGGUGAGAUCUAUGGGCAGGGGUGGGGGGUGGGGUGGGCAGUGAGGAGCUAGGGCACGUCCUCUGUGGGAACAGGAAGGAAGACAGGGAGUUCAGAUGCCAAUGGUUUGUUAGAUUUGCUGCUGGGAGGGGGCGGACUUUCCUGCCCAAUUUGCUUCUAUUUUCUCAAUGAGGUGAGAGAAAGUGGGCCGAGGUGUAGUUGAGAAGAGAGGAGGUGUGAAUGGUUGUCUUGAAAGGGGAAUCCCACACAAGAUAGAGAAGGGUAGUCAGAGCCCAUUAGGCCUCCCUUGAAAUUUGCUGCCAUGAGUUUCAAAUGAGAUCUAUCAGCAGGGUGGGGUAUUUCUCUUCCAACAGCAUGCAGCUAGUCAGGCGCAGGCAGGCAGGCACGGCAAGGGGUGGUUGGUAGAAGAAGGGAUGGGAUUUUCCCACUAAGUGUCAUGGGGAGGGGGAGGGGCGAGGGAGUUAAGGGAGGUUUCAAGUCAGUGAUUGCACUGAUAGACCCUUUAAGCUGGACAAAGAUGAAAAUGAAAAGGAGGUUGUGGAUGAUGAGAAAGUUGUUGAGGUUAACACUGAAGCUUUGAGGUAGAGAAAUGGCUGCUUGGAAGGUGAGGAUGGGGCAGCAAGGUUGAGGUUUUAGAGGCUAUGUGGUUAUUAGCAAUGACAAGGUCAAAGGAUGCCAAUAGGAGCGGGGACUGAGAUGGGAAGGAACCUACCACAUAUCCACUUCGGCCAAUCUUGCCUACUUGUCACCCAUCCCUAGAGGCCCUUAGUAAUAAACAAUGCUAACUUUUAACACUUAAUAUGCACCAGGAACCAGAUUCAGAGCUCUAAAUUAAUCGCCUCUCCUAAGGGAAAAGGUAGGAGAGCUUUGGGAGGAUGGGAGGCUGACUCACUUACCUAUUCCAUCAACAUUGAGCCAGCACCACUGAGUGCUAUGGACUAAACAAAGACAGUCCUUGCCUCAACAAACUCAUACUUGAGUGGAGCCAUUGGCCACACAAAUGCAACUCAGCUUAAAAAGAUAGAAGGCCCAUGGUGUUAGGCCCCAGUAGGGGAAAAGGAAUAAGACCCUAAGAAGAAGUCAUCCAUUACAUUUGCACCUUCACACCAACCCUAUUCAGUAGGGGAAUUGCUGGCCCAUCUCAUAGACAAGGAAAGGAGGUCAGAGAGGUUGAGUUGCCUCCUGUAGCCAUAUGGUGAGUAAGCCCAAGCUUUUCCCUCCUCCCCUGGGAUCUUUUCAUUCCCUCAGCACCAACCAGGCAUGCCUAGCAUCUAUAGCUCUACUACCUGGAAGGGACUGGUGCACCUUAUAGCAUCCACUUGUGCAACCAGACUGAUCGUGCCUGGCUCCUUCCCCUUUCAGCAGAGCUUCUAGACUUAGACUCUGAAGAAAGACCUGGCAUUCUACUUCUGAAAAUCAGUCAAUAAAAACCAUAUGGAUCAGAACAAUUCAAUCCGCACCUAUUACGUGGAUGGCACGGACAGAAUUUUGUUCCAUUGUACAUGGGGUCACCAUGGGUUGGAAGUCGACUCCACGGCAGCUAACAACAACUGAUUAUGUUAGCUCCCUCCCUCCAUGCUUCCAAAGAGCCCAGACCAGAAGCUCAGGGACCUACUCCAGUUCCUACUGCCCCUGGGCAAGAUCCUCCUCCCUGAUCUGAGGAGGGACAUACUGAC